AUAUUCUUCAUGUAAAACGUACGGAAAUUUUCUUGUUGUCGCAAACGAGACUAAAUUUGAACAGGACUAUUUUGCCACGUUCGCAGCUCCAAGAUGGCCGUCUCUGUGAUAUCGACCGUGAACACGGACCACGAAGAUAUGAUUCAUGAUGCCCAGAUGGAUUAUUAUGGGAAAAAGCUAGCAACAUGUUCUUCAGACAGAAGCGUCAAAGUAUAUGAAGUCAUAGGGAGCAAUCAGAGACUAAUGGCAAAUCUGAAAGGUCAUGAAGGUCCAGUCUGGCAAGUUGCUUGGGCACAUCCGAUGUUUGGAAAUUUAUUAGCUUCGUGCUCAUACGAUAGAAAGGUUAUUAUAUGGAAGGAGCAAGGAAAUGAUUGGGUAAAACUAUAUGAAUCAGUACACCAUGACUCGUCAGUAAAUUCGAUUAGCUGGGCUCCACAUGAGUUUGGACUUAUGCUUGCUUGUGGUGCUUCUGAUGGUGCUGUAUCUGUUCUUUCAACCACAGGUGAUGGAAACUGGUCAACUCAGAAAAUUCCAAAUGCUCAUUCAAUUGGCUGUAAUGCAGUAAGCUGGGCACCAGGAAUUUCACCAGUAAAUGCAUAUGUGGGCUCAACAUCUUCACGAGAUUCUUCAGUAGUUAAAAGAUUUGUAUCUGGGGGCUGCGACAAUCUGGUUAAAAUAUGGGCAUACAAUGAACAAGAUGCAAGAUGGGUAGAGGAAGAGACCCUUGAUGCACAUAGCGACUGGGUACGCGAUGUGGCCUGGGCACCAAACAUUGGUAUACCUGUUAGCACAAUAGCGAGCUGUUCACUGGACUGCAAAGUAAUUAUAUGGCGAAAAAAUGAAGAGGAGGGUGGAAAAUGGAUACCACAUAUUUUACAAAAGUUUAAUGAUGUAAUAUGGCAUGUCAGUUGGUCAAUAACGGGUAACAUUUUGGCAGUAUCUGGAGCAGACAAUAAAGUUAGUUUAUGGAAGGAGGUUGAUGUUGACAAGUGGGUGAUGGUCAGCGAGGUUGAUCGAGGCCACGGGAAGGAGAUCCAGCAAUAAUGCAACUAUUCGACCUAGCGAACAUGAACUAAAUUGUCUUAGGCCAUCUUAAUCCCUGCUCGAGAACUCUAUAAUUUUAGCUGAGAUUAAAGCACCUCCAGCCUACCUUUUAAACCAUGUUAUUGAAAUUAUUUUGGUUAUGUUAUGUACAGAAACUAAAGUUGCAUGAAUAAGUACUAAAUUCGUAAUUGAACUUUCGUUGGGCUACACCCUUGCCUGAGUACUUUUAAAAUCAAAUGAAAAAUGCUUUCCUAAUUAAAAAGAAGAAAUCUGUAUUUGUUCUUAAUUACGAGCUCAAGAAGGACAGCAUCAUUUAAUUUUACAGUUAUAAUUCAUGUAUUCGUCUGUUUAGUAUUGCGAGCCAUGGUUCCGAUUGGUGUCGAUGUAUUCCAAAGCUUCUUUAAUAAAGCAGUCUUGGAUAAAAACGAUUAGUAUAACAUCGAGUCUCGUAUAAGUAGAGAUAUUGGCUUAGCUUAGCAUGAUUCCUCGCCAUCAAUGCAAUAAAAUUUUCAGCAGGCUCGUUUGAAGUAAUGAACAUCUUUCACAACUA